GCAAGAUGGUGAAGUGGCACACGGAUUAUCGCAGGUGUGGGGAGGAGUCUUGAAGAGGUCAGCUGAAGGGGGAAGACUGGUCAAGUGGCAUGGGGGGUGAGCGUUUCGUCGGGUAUAAAUGUCUCGGGGUUCAUGACACAGCUACCUUCCAUCGAAGUCAGCGAAGAUGAGGCUACUGAUAUUGUGCGCUCUGGUAGCGGCGGCCGCAGCUUGGCCCAACUUCGGUAUGAUGGCCGAUUCGCCUGGAGGAGUUUCUGACGCCCAGAAGCAGCAUGAUGUCAACAGCAUCUUGUGGAAGGUCUACGAGAAUAUUCGUGAUCCUCAUCUGGAAGAGCUUUCCAACUCCUUCGAUCCUCUUUCCGGCCACUAUGACGACGAUGGUGUUUCCGCCAAGAAGCUCAUGAAAGAGCUUAACGAACACAGACUGCUGGAGCAGAAGCACUGGUUCUCGCUCUUCAACACCCGCCAGCGAAAGGAGGCUCUCAUGCUGUACGAUGUGCUCGAACACUCCACAGACUGGGAAACCUUCGCUGGCAACGCCGCCUUCUUCCGCGCUCGCAUGAACGAGGGCGAGUUCGUUUACGCUAUUUACGCUGCCGUCACACACUCUCCUCUGACACGACACGUGGUGCUGCCGCCCCUCUAUGAGGUUACUCCUCACCUCUUCACCAACAGCGAGGUCAUUCAAGCAGCCUACAAGGCCAAGAUGACACAGACUGCCGCUACAAUCAAAUCCCACUUCACCGGCAGCAAGAGCAACCCAGAGCAGCGUGUGGCCUACUUCGGCGAGGACAUCGGCAUGAACACCCACCACGUCACUUGGCAUUUGGAAUUCCCCUUCUGGUGGGACGAUGCCCAUGAGGACCACCACAUUGAGCGCAAGGGCGAGAGCUUCUUCUGGGUCCAUCAUCAGUUGACCGUUCGCUUCGACGCAGAGCGUCUCUCCAACUACUUGGACCCCGUCGACGAGCUUCACUGGGACGACAUGAUCUACGAGGGCUUCGCUCCCCACACCAUGUACAAGUACGGCGGCUACUUCCCCUCACGACCAGACAAUGUGAACUUCGAGGACGUGGACGGCGUUGCGCGCGUGCGUGACAUGUUGAUCCUGGAAAGCCGCAUCAGGGAUGCCAUCGCUCACGGGUAUUUCGCUGGCAGGGACGGGUCUGUUAUCAGUAUCAGAGAUUCUCAUGGCAUCGACAUCCUUGGUGACGUGAUUGAGUCUUCUACUUACAGCCCCAACCCCGAGUACUACGGCUCCCUGCACAACACCGCUCAUAUCAUGCUUGGCCGCCAGGGAGAUCCUCACGGCAAGUUUGCCCUCCCUCCCGGUGUUUUGGAGCACUUCGAGACCGCCACGCGCGACCCUACUUUCUUCCGCCUCCACAAGUACAUGGAUAACAUCUUCAGGGAGCAUAAGGACAGUCUUACCCCCUACACCAAGGAGAACCUCGAGUUUUCUGGAGUCUCUGUCAAUGACAUAACCUUCAGCAACCGCCUUGAGACCCACUUUGAAGAGUUCGAAUACAGCCUCAUCAACGGUGUUGACGACACAACCGAGGUCGAAGAUGUGCCUAUCUCUGCCACAGUUGAUCGCCUUACACACAAUGACUUUACUGUCAAAAUUAAUAUCGCCAACAACAACGACCACGAGGUGUUGGCAACUGUACGUGCCUUUGCCUGGCCCAAGUAUGACAACAAUCAUGUUGAAUUCUCCUUCAACGAGGGACGCUGGAACGCCAUUGAAAUGGACAAGUUCUGGGUUAAGCUGUCUCCAGGAGAAAACCAUAUCCUUCGCUCCAGCAAGCAAUCCGCGGUCACAGUUCCUGACGUACCCAGCUUCCAGACUCUGAUCGACAAGGCUGAAGAGGCACUGGCCUCCGGCGCAGAGCUCCACCUCGAGGAAUACCACAGCAGCCUGGGGCUUCCCAACAGGUUCCUUCUUCCCAAGGGCAAGAGUGAAGGCAUGGACUUCCAUGUUGUGGUCUUCGUCUCUGACGGUACCAAGGACGGAGCCGUCGAGGGCCUGCAUGAGAGCACUACCUUCAAUCACUAUGGCUGCCACGAUGGCACAUACCCUGACAAUCAGCCACAUGGUUACCCGCUGGACCGUCGCGUCGACGACGAGCGCAUCAUCACUGGCGUCUCCAACUUCAAGGCCGUGGACGUCAAGGUGUACCACGUGGAAGAGGAACACUAAAUUAGUGUCCUUUAAGCAACAGCGAAGGCACGUAUCCCCAGCAUUGUGCUUAUUUCACUUUUUUUUUUUUAUCCUACCAUCACAAUUGUACAAGAUACGAAUGAAAAUAUAUCUUUAAUUAAAUAUUUAACAUCGUAAACACAGUUUUGAGGUAUGGGAAUAUGAGGGAAUUGCAAUCAACUUUAACAAGUAUUAUAAGCCAAUUGAAAAUUAUUUAUCGGGGAUGAAAUCAAGUUGAAAAUAUGUGAACAGUCAACAUAGAUACUAAGAGUGUGAACCGAUUCAAGCUAAGCAAAGAAUAUCUAAUAAAUACUACACGAAAGAAA